AUGCCAACUCUAAUCAACGGACCAAGAAGAGACUCUACUGAAGGGUUUGAUACGGAUAUCAUCACUCUUCCCAGGUUCAUCAUCGAAUACCAAAAGCAGUUCAAGAAUGCUACGGGCGACUUCACUCUGGUGCUGAGUGCGUUGCAAUUUGCGUUCAAAUUCGUGUCCCACACCAUCAGACGUGCUGAACUGGUCAAUUUGAUUGGGUUAGCAGGUGCUUCCAACGCUACUGGUGAUCAGCAAAAGAAGCUGGACGUUCUGGGUGACGAGAUCUUCAUCAACGCCAUGAGGGCUAGCGGGAUCAUCAAGGUUCUUGUCUCUGAAGAGCAAGAGGACUUGAUCGUCUUCCCCACAAACACCGGCUCGUACGCGGUAUGCUGCGAUCCCAUUGACGGUUCGUCCAACUUGGACGCCGGUGUGUCUGUGGGGACAAUCGCAUCAAUAUUCAAGCUGCUACCGGACUCUUCAGGUACCAUAAACGACGUGUUAAGAUGCGGUAAGGAAAUGGUCGCCGCCUGCUAUGCCAUGUACGGUUCCUCCACACAUCUGGUUCUGACCAUGGGCGACGGGGUCAACGGGUUUACUCUGGACACAAAUCUAGGUGAGUUCAUCUUGACCCAUCCCAAUCUAAGAAUCCCGCCUCAAAAAGCCAUUUACUCCAUCAACGAAGGUAACACCUUUUUCUGGAACGACAUCAUCAAGUCAUUCGUCGAAAAGUUGAAGCAGCCUCAACCAGACAACAAGGAGCAGCCAUUUUCGGCCAGGUAUGUCGGGUCCAUGGUGGCUGACGUGCAUAGGACCUUCCUCUACGGUGGUCUUUUUGCGUAUCCGUGCGACAAGAAGAGUCCUAAUGGGAAAUUAAGAUUACUUUAUGAGGCCUUCCCCAUGGCUUUCCUGAUGGAGCAAGCGGGGGGGAAAGCCGUCAACGAUCGCGGUGAAAGAAUCCUGGACUUGGUGCCAAAGCAUAUACACGACAAAUCUUCCAUCUGGUUGGGUUCCUCUGGCGAGAUCGAUAAGUUCUUAGACCACAUUGGCAAACCACAUUAG